AUAGAUAUAUAUAUAUAAUUACGCAGCUCUACAUGUCGUUGUAACAGUCACUAUACAUUGCAUUAUUAAGCCAUCAUCUGCUGCAGCAUUGCAGUGAUUCGUUCCCACAUUUGGGGAAGGUCACGUUAUAGCGAACCGGGAGCUGCCUGCCUGCUGAAUUGUACUGCGCAAAACCCAUAGUCCGGAUUUGUGCCUGACGUCAUGGGUAGCCACCAUUAGAUUCGUUCUUUGACAGUUGGAGCACGGAGAGCGCAAGCACAGAUAGCCAUCAGCAUCCCCUCACGGCAUUACAAACGGGAGAGAACGAACAGAAAAUAUGUCGAGUGGACCGUUAUACGACGCUACAUAGGGAGAGACCUCGUUUUCCUCUUCAAAGCGGCCCCCGAAACGCGCUGCAGUGGAGCGGAGUAUGCGUCGCUAGGUGAAUUGAUAAAUAGCUUUGCUGUUAAAGGGAUGCAGUUGUUGCUUUUCUGCCUCUAAACUAACAGCGACAGCACAACGGCGCUUUGGAUAAAGCAGCAAGAACAACAACUAAUCCCCCGGAACGAGCACAACAACUAGGCUACAUCUGCCACCGGCAGGGAACCAAGGACAUAAACCAAGAAUAAAAAUGGAAACGUUAGCACGAACUGGAUUAAAUUAAAGAGAAUAUAGAGAUUUUUGAGAAUAGGGAAUGUUUUCAUGGUAUGUACGUUAAUUUUAGCUUUUAUUUUCUGUGGAAAUGGGAGCUUUAACCAGCAGACAAAAUGCAGGAGUGGAAGAGGUCGAUAUACCGUCGAACUCGGUGUACCGCUAUCCACCGAAAUCUGGUAAGUGAUGCCUGUGCCUCAUAGGCGACAGUACACACAUGAAUAGGAGCGGAACCUAGCCUGGAAACCCCACGUUGAAUUCCAUUGAAUUCUAUGUCAGGCAUAAAUGAGUUUAUCAAGAUAGUUUUCUCUCAUGAGCUCUACAAGCCAGAAUGUUGAAUACAAUUAUAUUUUAAAGGCCCAGUGCAGUCAAAAACAUGAUUUUCCUGUGUAUAUGUACAUAUAUAUAUAUAUUUCCACACUAUGAGGUUGGAAUAAUACUGUGAAAUUGUGAACAUGAUGAUAAUGCCCUUUUUAGUGUAAAAGCUGAAAUUUCAGCCUGUUUUGGUGGGAUGGAGUUUUGGCCUUCCAUGGUGACUUCACCAUGCGGUAAAUUCGCUAAUAGACCAAUAAGAAAGAGAGUUCCAAACCUCUCUGCCAAUAAUAUCUAAUUUUGAGUUUUCCCCUCCCCACUCAGACCACUCCCAGACAGUCCUAGCAAAAUUCUUGCUUGAGAAAUUGCUCUUGCUAAGAAGUUAUUUUUCUUAGUUUUUGACCAUUUUAAUUGAAAAUAAUUCAGUAAGGUACUUAAUUGUUACCCAGAAAAUAUUUGAUAUUGAGAUAAAAAACGGCUGCAUUGGACUUUUAACUUACUUUACUGGUUGUCCAUGUGGCUGGUCCUUUUGGCGGUAGGAAUGUGAGACAAUAUAUCCACAGGAAAGUAUAAUUACAUCAACUUUUCAAAGCACUGGUAGUGCGUUCAUAUUCCUAUCACCUGAAGCAUGCGCAAAAUAUGAAAAUACAUGCACAAGACGCAUGCUUAGUUUCCGAGCUCGUUUCCGUGGUUGUGUGCAUGCUCCAGGGGACAGAUAUCUGAACGCACUACCAGGGCUUUGAAGAGUUGAUGUAAUUCUACUUUCCUGUGGCUAUAUUGUCUCACAUUCCUACCUGCAAAAGGACCAACUGCACGAACAACCGGUAAAUUAAGUUAAAAUAUAAUUGUAUUCAACAUUGUGGCUUAUAGAGGUCGUGAGAGGAAACUUUCCUGAUCUAGACGCUCAUUUAUGCCUGACUUUGAAUCCAAUGCAAUUCAAGUGCAAGUGCUGGUUCAGGUUAUUUUUUUUAUUUGGGGGGGGGGUGGUCAAGGUACUGUUAAGAUACUGUUUGAAGAUGUAGGGGUUUCAGAUGUUGUGCCAAACACUUACACACAUGAAAAAGCACUAUGUGAUGAGAAUUGUUCGUUUCUUGGUGGUCAGUUCAGUAGCUUAGUAGUUAAGAGCGUUGGGCCAGUAACUGAAAGGUCGUUGGUUCGAAUCCUCGAGCCGGCUAGGUGAAAAUCUGUCAUUGUGCCCUUGAGCAAGGCACUUAACCCUAAUUGCUCCUGUAAGUCUCUCUGGACAAGAGCGUCUGCUAAAGUCCUACACUGCACCUCUCCCAUAAGCAGCUGUAACUUUGUGUUGCGUUUACCCUUCUACCACAUGUUCUAGUGGUAACGUAUGUGUGUAUGGAGGAGGGUUGAUAUCCAAGGACACAGAGACAGCCAGUGUAACCAGACUCCCUGGCUACAUGAAACCCCACCUCUUUAAGGAAUACCUGGGAUAGGAUAAAGUAAUCCUUCUACCCCCCCUUACCCCACCCCAAAAAAUAAAAUAAAAAAUAAAAUAAAACAUAUUGUAAAGUGGUUAUCCCACUGGCUAUAAGGUGAAUGAACCAAUUUGUAAGUCGCUCUGGAUAAGAGCGUCUGCUAAAUGACGUAAAUUUUAUGUCCUUAGAUUAUGUGGAGGAGUGUGUCUGGCUGCAUGUCCUUAGAUUAUGUGGAAGAGUGUGUCUGGCUGCAUGUCCUUAGAUUAUGUGGAGGAGUGUGUCUGUCUUUAAUGUCUCUGGUUAUGUCCAAAAUGGCACCCUUCUUAACUGCACGACUUUUGACCAGGGCCCAUCGUGCACUAUAGGUAUAGUGCCAUUCCAGAGUUUCUGGCUAUCCUUAUAGUGCAAAGGGAAAGGAUCACUGCCGCUACCUCGCUCUCCAACCAAGGUGCAUGAAUUGAGGAGCAAACUGAAGAAGAGAGGAGAUUCAGCAACACUUGGAGGACAAUGGAAUUAAAUAAAAAAGCGUAUUUAUUGCUAAAAGUAGAACCAACGCGUUUCGGCUUUUGGCCAUCAUCAGGGCCUUCAUCAGGCCAAACCCGAAACGCGUUGGUUCUACUUUUAGCAAUAAAGAAGCUGUCUAUCUUUAUAGGGCAGGGACAGAGAAGCCUGCUACAACCCAUCCUCCCAAAUUAUCUGCAAUCAGUUUGGAUUUCCAUACGCAUGCUUUCACCCAGGGGCGCAACUUUGGUUUUAUCAUUAUUAUUAUUAUUAUCUUUUUUUUUUUUAUCCAGUCGAAGAAACACUCCAAACAGCCUACCCGACCGCUCGGAGGCGUCCGCAUGGUCCUAAAGCACACCGUGACCUCGUUUUGUAUCACAUUCCAAUGAUAAAACUGGGGGGGGGGACAAAAAUGCUAUUUCAGAAUGUUGGAGGGACAUGUCCCCCCCCAUCCCCAAUAAAAGUUGCACCCCUGCUUUCACCUAUCCAGUCAUGAGAGAUCAGUCAUUGCAGUUAAGAAGAGAGAAUUGGUUUUUAGAAGAAAGUGGUAUAAGACUGUGUUAGCCUGCUGAGCUAAAGCGUAUGAAUUAGCCUAGGGAGCUAACACAAGCCUUAAGGUCUAAAGCAAGGUUGCUCAUCACUUGAGCGUUGUUCACCGAACCACUUCCAUCACUGUUGAGUAGCUAUGGCCUGGCCUGGGAUCUCUACUUGGAUUGCUCAGCCUCAGUUCCUUCUCUCUGUGUGUGUGCAGAAAUACAAACACAGUGGGCAUUCAAGGGUAGUAGACAGGCUCCCGAGUGGCGCAGCGGUCUUCAAAACAUACAUUCUAAUUAUUUCCCCACCAGGCAGUGUCACACAAAAGGUGUUUUGUUCCUGAUCAGAACCAUCUAUUUAUUUUACAAGCACUGCUUUGUAAGGGGAGUUGGGGGGGUGAAAACAGCCAGAACAGCUAUUUUGAUUCAGACCAGACGACCCUAGUCUGCAGUUUACCAGAUAUUACUUUAAUGUGUAGAGAGACACUCAAGGUAGAAGUUGCCCCCCCUAACCACAGAUCUAGGAUCAGUUACCUUACCUCAAACUGUAAUCUUAAUCAAUAGGAGAUAAAGACAUUUCUGAUCUCAAAUCAGUGGUUAGAGGCAAUGUCUACUGUACCUAUUCCCUAUCUGUUUCUCCCACUAUUGGCUAAGAUUAGAACCAGGGUUGGAACACCUUGACCUAGCUGGGUGAGCUCCUUUAACUGUCCUUCAAGUAAAAAAAAGAGGAGAAACAUAAUUGGGCUAUAUUGUGGUUAUAUGAGGAGGCAAUCUUUGGGAUCAGGUUUGCUCACUUCCUCUUCCUGUUCCCCACAGGAAGUUACUUUGCCAGCCACUUCAUCAUGGGUGGGGAGAAGUUUGACUCCACCCACCCCGAGGGAUACCUGUUCGGAGAGAACACCGACCUCAACUUCCUGGGAAUCAGACCAGUGGCGGUACGGAUUCUCACACUGCGCUAUGCUACACUACACUAGACCUGGGUUCAAAUACUAUUUAGGGUAUUUAAAUUACUUUCAAAAACAUUUGGAAGUAAGUAUUCAGAUAUUUUUUAUUUUAAAAGACAAGUAGUUGAAUAUUGGAAUGUAUUUGGAUAUACACUUGGAAAGUAUUUGAAAGUACUCAAAUACACUCCCAUGCAUUUAACCCAGAUAUUUGAAAAUCCUCACAGUUUCUCUCGCUGUUCUUCUGUCUCUUUACAUUUUAGUAAUUUAGCAGACACUCUUAUCCAGAGCGAUUUACAGUAGUGAGUGCAUACAUUUUCGUACUGGUCCACCGUGAGAAUUGAAUCCACAACCCUGGUGUUGCAAGCGCCACACAGGAUCUCUUUCGCUGUUCCUCUCUCUCUCUCACUCUCUCUCAUAUUCCUUUAUAUAAGUCACCCUGCCCUCUAAGCAGAUGGCAAUGCAGAGCCACAUAUCUCUUCCCCACUCACUGCAUCUCUCUCCUCUCUCCCAGAGUUGUUAACUGUGAUCUGCAGCAUAGGUCUAGUCCAUUUGAAAUGAAAUUGACCCCUACACUGGAUUUGUACAGCUGUAGCCUUGUGUGUGUGUACGUGCGUGCAACUGGAAGUACACAGGCCUGUGAUGUUGGGGAUUUAGACAGCAGCUUACUGCUGUAAUUAUGGUUGUAAAGGGAGAGUAUAUUACUGGAAACUUUCUAAAUUUACCAGUAAACUACCAGAGUUUUGGUAUCUUUCAAGGAUUUGAAGUAAUCUCACAAUGCAUCUAGUGGCCCUUUUGGGUAUUUCAGAUUAUCACAGGUGUCUGUAAUUAUCCCUGGCCCUCUGUGUGGCCUAAUCACAUGUCAAAUAUAUCACAUCAUUAAAUAAGAUUUAAAAUUAAAAAAGAUUAAUGACAAAGCUUUAAAACAUUAAAUAUAAACCAUCAAGUUAAUGAAUACCAUUGGUGUUUAAUAUGAGGGUUUCAGCAUAGUAUCAUUUUUUAAACUAUAUCAAUAUGUAUUUGUUAUCAAUGUUUUGGCGUCAAACUGGUGGCAGUUGUGAAGAAAAGUCAUUAGUUGGAAGAUUUAAAGAGUUAAUUGAAAAUAAUGCCAUUGUUGAUUAGAUGCUUUUUUCAUUAAUUAGGCUAUUUUCUCUUGAACCAUAUGGUCUAUCUACUAAAAACCCAUGGACAAUAUGGACACAUAUAUAAUAAAUGAAUACUAUAUAUGAAUACAUUUAAAAAAAGUUAUUCAAGUAUAAAUUGCCAAACUUUAGAUUGCCAUAGAUUUUCUGUUAAUUACCAAAAUUACUGAAGAUUCCGGUAACUUUGUUAAAUUACCGGUAGCUUUGCAACCCUACCUGUAGUACAGAGUCACAUUAAGACUACAGAGAGAAAGAGGAGAGUGUGUGUGUGUGUGCAUGCAUGUACAGAUCCUAUAGCAGAAAUCUACUGGUGUGUGUUUUUUGAAUGAGGCGGUAUUCAGUAUUAUAACACAUCUGGGCCCAGCAGGAGCCUUUCCUGUAAACCACACACACAUUCACACCUCCCCCUAGCCCCAGAAGAAGGGUGUAGAGGUAUCCAACCACAUCCUCUACAAUAAGUAAACAACCACAGAUCAAGGUCACUACACGUAUAACCUUUUUUCUAAAAUAGCACGCUAUCGGCAAGAUCGGUGCCAGUGCGAAUAAAGAAUUCGCUAGGUACAGACCACAUCUUCAACAUAAUGCAUUUGAGAUAGUUUAAUGCAGGAAAGGUUACAAGGUAUGAAUGCAGAAUGAAGUUAUUUAGAAUGAAUUUGAGCUUGGAAUGAGGUUGGAUGAUUGUUAGAUGGUUGUAGAAUGUUGAGUCAGAGGUGGUGUUGGAGGAUGGAGAGGAAGACUGGAUGGUUGAGGCAUCGUGAUGGUUCAGGAUGGUUGAGGCAUCGUGAUGGUUCGGGAUGGUUGAGGCAUCGUGAUGGUUUGGGAUGGUUGAGCCAUCGUGAUGGUUCGGGAUGGUUGAGGCAUCGUGAUGGUUUGGGAUGGUUGAGCCAUAGUGAUGGUUCGGGAUGGUUGAGCCAUAGUGAUGGUUCGGGAUGGUUGAGGCAUCGUGAUGGUUCGGGAUGGUUGAGGCAGCGUGAUGGUUCGGGAUGGUUGAGGCAUCGUGAUGGUUCGGGAUGGUUGAGGCAUCGUGAUGGUUUGGGAUGGUUGAGGCAUCGUGAUGGUUUGGGAUGGUUGAGGCAUCGUGAUGGUUCGGGAUGGUUGAGGCAUCGUGAUGGUUCGGGAUGGUUGAGGCAUCGUGAUGGUUCGGGAUGGUUGAGGCAUCGUGAUGGUUCGGGAUGGUUGAGGCAUCGUGAUGGUUCGGGAUGGUUGAGGCAUCGUGAUGGUUCAAGAUGGUUGAGGCAUCGUGAUGGUUCAAGAUGGUUGAGGCAUCGUGAUGAUUCGGGAUGGUUGAGGCAUCGUGAUGGUUCGGGAUGGUUGAGGCAUCGUGAUGGUUCGGGAUGGUUGAGGCAUCGUGAUGGUUCGGGAUGGUUGAGGCAUCGUGAUGGUUUGGGAUGGUUGAGGCAUCGUGAUGGUUCGGGAUGGUUGAGGCAUCGUGAUGGCUCGGGAGGAUGGUUGCUUGGUCGUCGCAGGAUAGGGAAGGGGCCAUGAAGACUGUGUUGGGGUGGGAGUCUUCGUGGUCUCUGCUUCUCAGCACAGAGUUAAUCCCCCUUAUGGACCCUGGAAAAACAGGGAGAAGGGAGGAGACAGGUGGUGGGGGGAUGAAGAAUGAAACAACAGAUUAGGAUAACAGGAACUGGAUAGGGUGAGUAGGCUAUAUAUGCAGCCAUUGACUGGCAAGGAGAUGUAGAUGGUUUGAUUGUUUCAGUUGUCGUCUUUCCUCCCAAACUAGUUACGUUACACUAACAUCAUUAAUGCGUUGGACAUUUGUAUUUUUGACCCACUCAACUGUCUUCUUAUACAGUCAGCAACAAAAACACAGUACACCGGGGAAAGACACUCAGAUUGUGCAAAGUCCAGUAAUACAAGUGGGGAAAGAAAAUAUAUCUAUUGUUUUAAGUGGGUGAAGUAUCCAGGACAAUGCUUUGAUCUUUCAGUCGUUCUUCACACCUACAGGGUGUUGAGACUUUUGUUCCAACCAAGCACUAACACACCUGAUUCAACUGAUCAAUGGCUUGGUGAUUAGUUGAUCAGAUCAUGUGACGCGUUUGUUGUUGUUAAUGAUGUGACCUUUUGUGAUUGGUUCCUUUACAGUUUCCCUAUGCGGCCCCACCUCCUCAGGAGCCAGUAAAGACGCUACGAAGCCUUAUAAACAUCCGUAAGGAUACGCUGAGGCUCGUACGGUGAGUAUCUCACACACAAUUUACUUCUAGUUUAUAUCCCGUUCAUUAUUAUUUCACUUAUGCUUACAGAUGUAGGAUCUUAAUUUGAUCACUCUUUUGUUGCUGAUAAUUUAUUUUACUACACAGCAGGAAAUGCAAACUUGUAGUGUAUUAAAGGUUUAAAAAGGCUUCUAAAGUUUGUAAUUUCCACUUUUAAAAUGUCAGACUUGAUUUUCUCUAACGAAAAUGUAUCAACCCCUACAAAAAAGGUCCAUUAAUUAUAAUCCACAUAAUAAUUCACAUUUCCUGUUACUGCAGGAUUCUUUUCCUGCUGUACCAAACUGGCUCAAAUUAAAAUCCUACAUCUGUAGUCUGUUUUAUUACACUAGUCCAGGGCUGCACUUCCUGGAGAUCUACCGUCCAGUGGGUUUUCAGUCCAACCCUAAUUUAACACACCUGAUUCUACUUAUUAGCUGCUCAACAAGACCUUAACUAGCUGAAUCAGAUAUGCUAAAUUAGGGUUGGACUGAAAACCUACAGGACAGUAGAUCUCCAGGAAGAGGGUUGGGCAGCCCUGCCCUAGUCCAACAUCUCAACUUCUUCCCCCAGAACCAAAUCAUGUAGCUGGCCGGAGACUUUCGCAAGCUUUGGUUGUUUUUUUUGCCGAGCUAUACUGUUAUUACAUGAUUGUAACGGUAUGUAGAUGACGCUAGCUGUGUUUCUGUGUGCUGGCAGGUGUAGUGAGGACCUGAAGCUGCCAGGGGAGGACGUGGCAGGGAAAAGCAAAGCCUGUUACAACAUAGAGUUCACCUUCGACGCUGACACACAGGUGGCCAUCACCAUCUACUAUCAAGCUAUAGAGGAGUUCCACAACGGAGUGCCAAUGUAAGUCUGUGUGUGUGUGUGUGUGUGUGUGUGUGUGUGUGUGUGUGUGUGUGUGUGUGCGUGUUUAUCUCUCCUAACUCUCUGCAUCUCUCCUAUAGCUACCUCCCCCAGGACAGCUCUCUCCAGUCAGAGACGGUGCACUUUAAGAGAGGAGUCUGUCAGCAGUUCUGUCUGCCCUCUCACUCCAUCAAUCUGUCAGAGUGGGCCGAUGAGGAGGUACGGUCUGUGUGUGUGUGUGUUUAUGCAUAUUAGUUACAAAGUAUGUGUGUGUGUUUUCAGGGUAUAACCUCUCUCUCUCUCUAUCGCGCCCUCUUUUCUCUAUUUUCCUGCACCCUCUCUCUUUCUCUUCCUCCACCCCCUCUCUCUCUUUCUCUCUCUCUCUCUUCCUCCACCCUCUCCCUCCCCCUUUCUAGUUGCUGUUUGACAUGGAUAAGGAUGUGUUUCCCAUGGUCGUUCAAGCAACAGCAGACGAGGGGGAAGAUCACAUGGGUCACACCCAUGUCCUCCUGGCCACCUUUGAGAAGGUAAGGAGCUUUGAGUCUGAUGUGCUGUAGGAUUGUAAGUAAAGUGAUUAAUUUAUAACAUGUGAUAAAGUGUGUUAACUUUUACUCAGUUGGUAUCUUAAUGUUUGACAUGUUUUGAAAUGUGUUUGACUCUGGAUUUAAAAGUAUCCCACUGGGCACAAACUGGUUGAAUCAACGUUGUUUCCACAUCAUUUCAACAACAAAAAAUCUAUGUGAUGACAUUGAAUCAAGGUGGAAAACUAAUUGCAGUCAUCAGCGUAUGUUUGUCUUUUUUUCAUCCAACUUUUAAGCUAAAUCCAAUUACAUGCUUCAAAUGUUUGUUGAUUUCACAUUGAAUUCACGUUAGUUGUCAACUCAAUCAAAUGUAAAAACUAGAUGUUGAACUGACGUCUGUGUCCAGUGGUAUUGGAUUGUUGUAAGUAUCUACUGUUUGUUCCACAGCACAUGGAUGGGGGCUACUGUGUCAAACCUCUGAAACAGAAACAAGUGGUGAGUUUGUUUCCACCAAGUCUCUCUCCUCUCUUGUCUCCUCUCUCUCCUCUCUCUCUCUCGUCUCUCUCUCUUGUCCCUCUCUCUCUCUCCUCUCUUGUCUCUCUCUCUUGUCUCGCUCUCCUCUCUCUCCUCUCUCUUGUCUCGCUCUCCUCUCGCUCUCCUCUCUCUCUCCUCUCUCUCCUCUCUCUCCUCUCUCUUGUCUCUGUGUCAAACCUCUGAAACAGAAACAAGUGGUGAGUUUGUUUCCACCAAGUCUCUCUCCUCUCUUGUUUCUCUCCUCUCUUGUCUCUCUCUCGUCUCUCUCUCGUCUCUCUCUCCUCACUCUCUCCUCUCUUUCCUCUCUCUCUCCUCUCUCUGUAUUCUAAUUUGCCCCCUCUUUUUUCUGCUUUAUUGCCCCCCCCCCCCCUCUCCUCCAAUCUCGCUCUCCCCGUUUCACCAUCCUACCUGGUAUGUUUUUUAGUGAAACCUUCUCUCUCUCCCCGUUUCACCAUCCUACCUGGUAUGUUUUAUAGUGAAACCUUCUCUCUCUCCCCGUUUCACCAUCCUACCUGGUAUGUUUUAUAGUGAAACCUUCUCUCUCUCAUCCCCAACAUGUUUCCUCUCCAGGUGGAUGGGGUGAGUUACCUUCUUCAGGAGAUCUACGGCAUCGAGAACAAGUACAACAGCCAAGAAUCAAAGGUACCAAGUUGAGAAUUUGGAUGUUUAGGGCAUGCUUUUUGUUAAAAACUUGACUCAAAAUGACUCUGGAGGACUGGAGUUGGGAACCAUUGCCCUAACCAGUUCUACAGUCAUUUUGAAAGUUUUGAACAAAAAGCAUUGUGGUCACUAGUCCAUGCCCUAAACACACUGGGUUAGAGGAUACAGUAUGCACAGUAAAUGUCAUUGUUACUGUGUUGUUUGACCAAGCUACCAUACUGCUCUCUGAAUGUAAAUGUAUUGAUGUAUUCAUUGAUUGACAUAUUGAUUGAUUGAUUACGUUGUCCCCAGGUUGCGGAUGAUGAGAUCAGUGAUAACAGUGCGGAGUGUGUGGUGUGUCUGUCGGACGUCCGUGACACACUCAUCCUGCCCUGCAGACACCUGUGUCUCUGCAAUGCCUGCGCCGACACUCUCCGCUACCAGGCCAACUGCUGCCCCAUCUGCAGACUGCGUGAGUCUAUAAUGCUACUUAAGAUGUUUUGUAAGCCAUACGUUGGUAUGCAUAAGACCAUCACGUCAAUACUUAAAGGCCCACCUCAGAGGAAGUUGCCGCACCUACAGUACCAGUCAAAAGUUUGGACACACCUACUCAUUCAAGGGUUUUUCUUUAUUCUUUACUAUUUUCUAUAUUGUAGAAUAAUAGUGAAGACCAUCAACACUAUGAAAUAACACAUAUGAAAUUAUGUAGUAAUAAAAAAAGUGUUAAACAAAUCAAAAUAUAUUUUAGAUUCUUCAAAGUAGCCACCCUUUGCCUUGAUGACAGCUUCACCUGAAAUGCUUUUCCAACAUAUGCUGAGCACUUGUUGGCUGCAUUUCCUUCACUCUGCGGUCCAACUCAUCCCAAACCAUCUCCAUUGGGUUGAGGUUGGGUGAUUGUGGAGGCCAGAUCAUCUGAUGCAGCACUCCAACACUCUCCUUCUUGGUCAAAUAGCCCUUACACAACCUGGAGGUGUGUUGGGUCAUUGUCCUUUUGAAAAACAAAUGAUAGUCCCAUUAAACGCAACCCAGAUGGGAUGGCGUAUCGCUGCAGAAUGCUGUGGUAGCCAUGCUGGUUAAGUGUGCCUUGAAUUCUAAAUAAAUCACAGACAGUGUCACCAGCAAAGCACCCCCACACCAUCACACCUCCUCCUCCAUGCUUCAUGGUGGGAACCACAUAUGCGGAGAUCAUCCGUUCACCUACUCUGCGUCUCACAAAGACACGGCGGUUGGAACCAGAAAUCUCAAAUUUGGACUCCAGACCAAAGGACAGAUUUCCACCGGUCUAAUGUCCAUUGCUCGUGUUUCCUGGCCCAAGCAAGUCUCUUCUUAUUAAUGGUUUCCUUUAGUAGUGGUUUCUUUGCAGCAAUUCGACCAUGAAGCCCUGAUUCACGCAGUCUCAUCUGAACAGUUGAUGUUGAUAUGUGUCUGUUACUUGAACUCUGUGAAGCAUUUAUUUGGGCUGCAAUUUCUGAGGCUGGUAACUCUAAUGAACUUAUCCUCUGCAGCAGAGGUAAGAGCCAGUUUCGUCAUAGUGCUUGAUGGUUUUUGCGACUGCACUUGAAGGAUUGACUGACCUUCAUGUCUUAAAGUAAUGAUGGACUGUCGUUUCUCUUUGCUUAUUUGAGCUGGUCUUGCCAUAAUAUGGACUUGGUCUUUUACCAAAUACGGCUAUCUUCUGUAUACCACCCCUACCUUGUCACAACAGAACUGAUUGGCUCAAACGCAUUAAGAAGGAAAGAAAUUCCACAAAUUAACUUUUAAGAAGGCAAACCUGUUAAUUGAAAUGCAUUCCAGGUGACUACCUCAUGAAGCUGGUUGAGAGAAUGCCAAGAGUGUGCAAAGCUGUCAUCAAGGCAAAGGGUGGCUACUUUGAAGAAUCUCAAAUAUAAAAUAUCUUUUGAUUUGUUUAACACUUUUUUGGUUACUACAUGAUUCCAUAUGUGUUAUUUAAUAGUUUUGAUGUCUUCACUAUUAUUGUUUAGGUUUCAGGGGGAAGACUGACGCAGGCUGCUAAUACAUGUUCAGGAAUUGGAGGGUGGGAACGUUGUGUUGAUUUCCACAUGUAUCAGAGAAAUAACAACAAAUUAGGCAUUGACUGACAGCUGUCAUUGUAGCUAGCUAGCAUGCUAACCUUAGCUAGCUGAUGAAAGUUAUGUGAGCACCAUUUCACUUAAGACGGGCAUACUGUAAGCCAGGUGUAAUAAUUGCAUUAUCUAAACUGCGUCUGUGAAUCCGCCAUAAAAAUAGAAAGAAUAUAAGCUAAGUAAUAUGGAUAGCCAGUGGUCCAGUGUCCGGGUGGGUGGAGAUUUCUCUUUAGGAUCAAUUCAAUGGUCAAAGAAUGAGCAAACCCUGCACACCCGGGGCACCAGGCCAUGCAAAACCAUUCAUCUUAGGGCGACAAGGGGAGCAGGGUUCUAAAAUGCAAUCAUAUCACGGAGUUUUACUAUUUAUAAUAUGGUCAUAUAUUUAUUUAUGCAGACUAGCUCAUAAAUAAGUUACAUUUGACAAAUUAUCCAAUGGAUUAUGAAAAAAAAGGGGAGGUGCAAAAACAUUAGUUUCCCCGCGACUCGCAAAGUUUGCAGGUGUUUCUGAAUAAUAAACAAUGCCAUGCUGGUGGGUGGUACCAUUCAAAUAAAACCCAGCCCUGAAACUAAACUAGGAAAAGACAUGUCAUUGGCACGAAUUUGCACAAAGCGGGCAGUUCGGUUUUGUCACUUCAAGCUCAAAUAUAUAAUAAUUUGACAAAAACUAUUACUUAUUGACUUACAUUGUUGUGCAGCAUCAUGGGUAAGCUCUGGCCAUCAUCUUUCAACUCGAAUAACUGGAUUUCUACUGGUGUGAGCGUUUAAUCAUGUUAUAAUGCGUCCUCAGCGUUCCGGGCCCUGCUGCAGAUCCGAGCCAUGAGGAAGAAGCUGAGUCCUCUCUCUCCUGCCGGGUUUAACCCCGUUAUCACCUCCCAGACCUCCGAUUCAGAGGAACACUCGGUACGAUAUAUACCCAUAUAUAUAUUUUUAAUACAGUGUAUAGCAACAUGACAUCUCAUCUCCUUUUUUCGUUCUCUUUACCCCCCCCCAGGCGUCAGACCACAUCCCCCCAGGUUAUGAGGCAGUGUCCCUCCUGGAGGCUCUGAACGGGCCCCUGAGCGUGUCUCCCUCGGCCCCCCCUCUGCAGGACCUCACUGGGGGCCACGUCUCAGGGACCCUGCCCCACUACAGCAGUGAGACCCACCCCGCCCCUGCCCGCUCCAUGUCCCCCCUGGACCACUCCAACUCCAGCCAGGGACUCAAACUGAAGAAGAGCGGAUCCAAGUGAGUGGAGCUUGAAGACACAGGUCGUGUCCCAAAUGACACCAUAUUCUCUAUACAGAGCCCUAUAGACCCUGGUCAAAAGUAGUGCACUACAUGGGGAAUAGGGUACCAUUUGGGAUGCAGCAACGCAUACAAACAUACUGUACAUUUGAAUAGGAAUUAAUGUCCUAGGACUUUUAAAGGUUUAGCUAAUAGAAUAUCUUUCUUUCGGGGACAAAAGUAGUGUUGUGAGAGUGUUUGUUGUGGUGUUUAUGAUUCUGACUGCUGCAUUGUGGGAUGUGUCAGGUCUCUCUCCCAGAAUUCUUCGGUGCUGCCCGAGGAGGAGGACGAGAAGUCAGAACGCAGCGAAUCAGAAGUUCAGGCCUGCCGUCGGAAACAACAACCGGAGGUACACUGACACAGUGGGUGCGUGUGUGUUGGUGUCUGUGUCCGUCUCCAGUGUGUGUGUUUGACCUUACUCCCUCUGCUCUCUGUUCCAGAGUGGUGUAACUCCAGAGAGUGAGAACCUGACUCUAUCCUCGUCUGGAGCCAUAGACCAGUCCUCUUGUACUGGGACACCUUUCUCCUCCACCAUCACCUCCCCUGAAGGUGGGCCUUCUGCUGGGGCUGGCAGGGGGUGCCAGUGGGCAAUGGAAAAUGUGUCAAAUUAUUAAACAUUGUUAAUUCUUCUUCUCUCUGUCUCUCUCUCUCUCUCUCAGACCAAGUGAGCAGUAGCCUGGCCCAGUCAGUCAUGUCCAUGGCUUCUUCCCACAGCCAUCACUCUCAGAUCAGCACUGACACCCUGUCUUCCAUGUCCGGUUCCUACCUGGCCGGGCCGGAGGGGGAGGUAGAGGGGGAGGAGGGGGGAGAGGCAGAGGGGGAGGAGAACCAGGACGCACCCAUGGAGAGCCGGGGACCCUCACAGCAGGAUGGGGAGGUGAGAAACAGGGCAGAGGAGGGAGAACAGGGGUGGAGAAGGGGCUUGUCAAUCUCUGACAUAGAGAAUAACCCCCCCCCCCCCCCUCUAUAUCUCUCUUUUGCUCUCUUUCUUUGUCUCGCUCUCAGGAGCUACCCAUGGAGCCAAAAGAACAGAACUUCUCAGUCGCUGUGUCAGAAGAGCAGGAUUCAGAGGUGCUUAUAUACUAGGGUCAUUCCACGAAGAGUGCCUUUUGUGUCCCUUUGAUAUUUUAAGUAAGAAAUUGUGCACCAAUAUUGCAUUUUAAAAGCCUGUUAUAUUAAAGGAAGUGCCCUUUUAAUGUAGACCACAUGGAGAAUUCAAUAAAUCAGAUUUUUAAUAUGAAUAAAGACUUGUUAAAGUGCAGAAAUUCAGCAUUUUCACGUCCCUCCGUCAACCCUGCGUCACUUCUAGGAAGACUUUAACCCACUUAAUCCCAACAUCUCACCAAGUUUUCACCAUCAUUGUAAAGCCUUAGUUAUUUUGUUGCUUUGACAAAGUCAUUUCUGAAGAUGAUUAUUUAUUUCAUGUUAUUAGAGAUUGUGGUGCAGAAGGGCCUAGCAGCAGGUGGAACGCUGGCUAGGAACAAGCUCCAGCUGAGCACUGUUCCCUUAACGAGGGUGGGGCAGCCCUCUAAUUGACUGCCUAAAGACUUAAAAGUGUGUAGCUCUCACUCUGCGGGGAGAGCAUACGUCACGUGAGGUAUGGAUAGGACUGAUAUGAUUUGCAGCGUUUAAGCUUUUGGCAUGUCCUGUUGACCCUGUAGAGCUCUGAAAGAGCCAGGAUGUAAUUUUCCUUUUCUUAAUUAAAGCCUCUUUGUUUGCACCGCGCUCCUGUCUCCUGUGCCUUUACCUUUGGGUCAUUGCCUACGCCCGCCCCCUAGACAGUGGAAAAACCCUUGCACUGUCACAGUGAUUCCUUUACGUCUGUCCCUCAUUUUUAAGGUCAACCCUGUUACGUGAACUGAACUCUCGUUUUCAUAUGGUGAAACUAUUGCUUUUUAAAUAUUCUAAAGAUACAUUGAACAUCUAAUAGUCAAAUCAUAGAGUGACAUCAGAUGAGCUGGUUCUACACUUUUUGGCCAUUUUGUGUUGGAGAACUGAGCUGGUCGAGCAUAACAUGUCAACCCUGUUACCCAUAGAUAGACAGGCUAAAAUUGUUUUUAGCAUUUUUUUUUUUUUUUGGGGGGGGGGGGGUGAUGCUUCCAUUCAAUUGCCACUCCCUGUUGCACACAAUAAGCUUCCAUUCCCCCUGUCACAAGGUGAUUUAUGGAUGAUUUUAAGAAGAAAUCAUCAACCCUGUUACUUUAUUUGGCUCUUAAUAGGCACUUACUAAUAGUAUUUUUUAAAAAUGUUUAAUCUCUUGAGAUGGGGAAAAUUAGUUUUUUAUGAAGUUAAACGUGCUCUUUAUGACAGAAUUUUUAAAUGAGAUGAAAUCAAGUUUUUUGGCCCAAGUUACACUUCUCAAAAGUCACCGAAUUGGUGGAAUGUACCUAAACUAUAUGAAUGGAUAUAGAUAUUAAACAUAUAAAAUACAACAAAUCUAACUGCUUCUCUCCUUCUCACAGGGAAAUGAUGUCACAGAGGAAGACUGCCCCUCCCCUUCCCAUGAGCAGGGUAACUAUGUGACCUCUUAUUGACCUUUUCACCUCUCACCUCUGACCCCUCUCUCUGUUUUACCCUCCUCACUAUCUGGCCAUGCUGGAAAGGACAGAAGUAUGGGGCAGUCUAACCACUAAUACAAUGUUACCCACUAAUCCUAACUUAAAGCCUCACCCAAACUACUUACCCUUGCCCUACAUCAAGGAACAAAACAAAUAUAUCUCCUGUACUCACUCAUCAGUUCUGACGACAUUGCCACUUUUGUCCUUUCUAACAUGGCAUUCUAGUGACUGACUACCCUGUCACAGCACCCUAUACUUUGAACUACCAUAGAAAGCCCAUUAUUAGUUAGAUAGCAGGGUGUGCUAAGUGGUGCCAUGCUAGAUUCUCUCCACUGUAAAUUAAAAUGUGGGCUAAAAUACUGGCCAUCGGUGAAAUCAUCCCAAGUCAUGCGUUUGCACCUGUGCAUUUGGCUCAGUGUGUAUGAGUCAGACCUGGUUCAAAUACAUGUGUAUUUGUUAUUGAAAUACUAAUUGUAUGUGUAUUUGAGUAUUUUCUAAUACUGUGACCCGAAUAAACUAGCCUACUUCUAUUGAAAGUAUUUUCAAAUACUAUUUUCAAAUACCUGGGUUAAAUGGGAGUAUAAUUGAGUCAGUGUAUUUGAGUAAUUUUAAAAUACUUUCCAAGUGUAUUUCCAAAUACAUUCCAAUAUUCAACUACUUGUCUUUUCAAAUACAACAUAUUUAAAUGUCUUUGAAAGUAAUUGAAAUACCCUAAAUAGUAUUUGUACCCAGGUCUGGGGUGUGUGUGUGUGUGUGUUGUUAGUUUGCCCAUGCUUGUGUGUGUGUGUGUUUGCCUGCUGUGCUCUGCAUGUGCUGCUUAGAUUCCACAACCUAAUAUGCAGUUGUAUGUACAGUAUAUUUGUGUCUGUGUGUCUCUCUCUCUCUGGAGCUCUCUCUCUUGUGUCUCUCUCUCUCUCUUUGUGUGUGUCUCUCUCCCUUCUCUGUGUGUGUCUCUGGUGCUCUCUCUCCUAUCUGUAUCUCGUCUCUGUAUGUGUCUCUAUUCUCUCUCUCUCUUGUGUUUGUGUGUUUUGUUCUUGGGUCCUUUUCUGUCUCUCUCUGUCUAUCUGUGUGUCUCUCUCUCUCUCUCCUCUCUUCUCGUGUGUUUCUUCUGUGUGUGUUCUCUCCUGUUGUGUGUGUCUCUUCUCUCUCUCUCUCUCCUCUCUCUGUAUUUCUGCUCUCUCUCUCUCUGUGUGUGUGUGUGUCUCUUUGUUGUCUCUCUCUUCUUAUGUGUUCUGUGUAUAUGUUUGUCUUUUCCUCCUUUUUCUUUUUUCUUCUUUCUCCAUUUCUCUUAUUUCUUCUUUUUGUUUUAUUUUUCCCCUUCUGUAUGUGUUGUCUCUUUCUCUCUCUGUGUGCGUUUUUUUUCUUCUUCUCUGUGUAUGUGUUUCUCUUAUUUGUGUUUGUUUUGUUUUUUCUUUAUUUUGCUUUUGUAUUGGUGUCUCUCAUCUCUGUGUGUAUGUUGUCCUCUUGUGUGUGUCUCUGGGUCUAUCUUCUCUUUUCUUCCUGUUAUUUGUCUCUAUCCUCUCCUGGUGUAGUGUGUCUCUUUUGUUUUGUGUUCUCCUCUCUGCUUCUCUUUUUGUAUUGUCUCUCUCCUAUCUCCCCUUUUGUUGUCUCUCUCUCUCUCUCUGUUUUUGGGGGUCUCUCUCUCUGUUUUGGUGUCUCUCUCUCCUUGUCUUUGAUCUUCUCUCCUCUCUGUUAUGUGUCUCCCCUCUCUCCGUGUAUGUCUCUCUCUCUCUCUGUGUAUAUGUCUCUCUCUCUCUCUGUGUAUAUGUCUCUCUCUCUCUCUCUGUGUAUAUGUCUCUCUCUCUGUGUCUCUCUCUCUGUGUAUGUGUCUCUCUCUCUCUCUCUCUGUGUAUAUGUCUCUCUCUCUGUGUCUCUCUCUCUGUGUAUGUGUGUCUCUCUCUCUCUGUGUACUCUCUCUCUCUCUCUCUCUCUCUCUGUAUAUGCCUGUAUGUCUCUCUCUCCGUGUAUAUGUCUCUCUCUCUCUCUGUGUAUGUGUGUCUCUCUCUCUCUCUCUCUCUGUGUAUGUGUCUCUCUCUCGCUCUGUGUGUAUGUCUCUCUCGCUGUGUGUCUCUCUCUCUCUGUGUAUAUGUCUCUCUCUCUCUCUCUCUGUGUAUGUGUCUCUCUCUCGCUCUGUGUGUAUGUCUCUCUCUGUGUAUAUGUCUCUAUCUCUCUCUCUCUCUGUGUAUAUGUCUCUCUCUCUGUGUAUAUGUCUCUCUCUCGCUGUGUGUCUCUCUCUCUCUCUGUGUAUAUGUCUCUCUCUGUGUAUAUGUCUCUCUCUCUCUGUGUAUGUGUCUCUCUCUCGCUGUGUGUAUAUGGUCUCUCUCGCUCUCCUCUCUCUCUUGGUAUAUGUCUCUCCUCUCUCUCUUGUAUAUAUACGUCUCUCUCUCUCUGUAUAUAUACGUCUCUCUCUCUCUCUGUAUAUAUACGUCUCUCUCUCUCUCUGUGUAUAUACGUCUCUCUCUCUCUCUCUCUCUCUCUCUCUCUCUCUGGUAUAUGUCUCUCUCUCUGUGUGUAUGUGUGUCUUCUCUCUCUUGUUGGUGUAUCUCUCUCUCUCUGUUGUUAUAUAUGUCUUCCGUCUCUCUCGUGUAUAUGUGUCUCUCUCUCUCUGUAUAUGUCUCUCUGUGUAUAUGUGUCUCUCUCUCUCUCUCUCUCUGUAUAUGUCUCUAUCUCUCUCUGUGUAAAUGUCUCUCUCUCUCUCUCUGUGUAUAUGGCUCUCGCUCUCUCUGUGUAUAUGUCUCUCUCUCUCUCUGUAUAUGUCUCUCUCUCUCUCUCUCUGUAUAUGUCUCUCUCGCUCUGUGUGUAUGUGUGUCUCUCUCUCUCUCUGUAUAUAUACGUCUCUCUCUCUGUGUAUAUGUCUUUCUCGCUCUCGCUCUCACUCUCACUCUCUCUCUCGCUCUCUCUCUCUGUAUAUUAUAUAUCUCGCUCUCUCUAUCUCUCUCUCUCUCUGUAUAUGUCUCUCUCUCUGUGUGUAUGUGUGUCUCUCUCUCUCUCUGUGUGUAUCUCUCUCUCUCUCUGUGUAUAUAUGUCUCUCGCUCUCUCUGUGUAUAUGUGUCUCUCUCUCUCUCUCUCUCUGUAUAUGUCUCUCUGUGUUUAUGUGUCUCUCUCUCUCUCUCUCUCUCUGUAUAUGUCUCUAUCUCUCUCUGUAAAUGUGUCUCUCUCUCUCUCUGUGUAUGUGCUCUCUCUCUCUCUCUCUCUCUCUGUAUAUAUCUCUCUCUCUCUGUGUGUAUAUGUGUCUCUCUCUCUCUAUCUCCCAAUCCUCCUCUUUUCCUCUACUUCUCCACUCCAAAGUCAGAUACAUUGGGCUUCAAUCUCUAACCCUGCCUCUCUGUGUCCCCAAAGUUUGAGUGUGUGUGUGUGUGUGUCCCCCGAGUUUGAGUGUGUGUGUGAACCCUGAGUUUGAGUGUGUGUGUUUGUCCAGAGCUUGAGUGUGUGUGUGUGUGUGUGUGUGUGUUAUUUAUGAAUGUGUGUUUAAAUGCUUGUAUGUCUGCCUGUGUGUGUAUCUGAUGUGUUUGUGUGUGACAUCUUAAUCAUCAUGCAUGUUCUGACUAGUAUAGAACUUCUUAAUAUGUAUUUUCCUCCAGUCAUAGUGGAAUUGUGUGUGUGUGUGUGUGUGUGUGUGUGUGUGUGUGUGUGUGUGUGUACACGUUUUACUAUUCUUGUGAGUACCAGAAGUCCUCACUAGAAUAGUAAACCAACUAAAAUUCAGAGAAGUGAGGACAUUUUGCUGGUCCUCACUUGUAAAAAGGCUAUUUUAGGCUUAGAGGUUAGAUUAGGGUUAAGGAAAGUAGGAUUUUGAAUGGGAAUCAAUUGUUGGUCACCAAAAAGUCCUCACAAGUAUAGUAAGACGUGUGUGUGUGUGUCAAUAUGGAGUGGUGCUAUUGGCUGUGGGCAUUAAAUAAACAAUAACAAACAAUUAAUAAAUUAGUCAAUAAGGAAACCAAAGGAAUCCUGUCUCUAUAAAUGUCAUGUGCGUGUGAUGUAUGUUUGCAUGUAUCUGUCCCUGCUGCGCUGUGUGCCAGCUUCCAUGUGCAUCCUCUGAGCCUGCUGAGCCACAUGCUUAUCAUCACCAUCACAUGAUCACACACACACACAAACACACACACACUAGUAUGGUCAUCUAAAAAACGACUGACCCCCAUCUACACCCCUGGCCCCGCCCCCCUGCUGUGCCUGGCUGCUGUUGUUUGACCUUUGCCCUCGCUUGCAGGUGGGCGGAGCAGGUGUCCAGAGUUGGCCAAUAACAAUCAGGGCGUCGCCCUCUGCGACACGCACUGUUUGGGGGGGCUGGACAAUGAGCAGGUUCCCGACAGCCGAUUCGCCGGUGAGUGGCAACCUACCGAACAUGGACCAAUCAGAGCUGAGACUGGGGCGGGGGAGAAGGGGGAGAGAAAGGGGUGUCAGUGA